UGGUCGUGCUUCACGGAGAGCCUGGGAAAGCGAAAUGGAGGGGUGUGUGUCUAACCUAAUGGUCUGCAACCUGGCCUACAGCGGGAAGCUGGAGGAGUUGAAGGACAGCAUCCUGGCCGAUAAAUCCCUGGCUACCAGAACUGACCAGGACAGCAGAACUGCAUUGCAUUGGGCAUGCUCAGCCGGACAUACAGAAAUUGUUGAAUUCUUGCUGCAACUUGGAGUGCCGGUGAAUGAUAAAGAUGAUGCAGGUUGGUCUCCUCUUCAUAUUGCUGCUUCUGCUGGCCGGGAUGAGAUUGUAAAAGCCCUUCUGGGCAAAGGUGCUCAAGUGAAUGCUGUCAAUCAAAAUGGCUGUACUCCCCUACAUUAUGCAGCUUCCAAAAACAGACAUGAGAUCGCUGUCAUGUUACUGGAAGGCGGGGCUAAUCCAGAUGCUAAGGACCAUUAUGAGGCUACAGCAAUGCACCGGGCGGCAGCCAAGGGUAACUUGAAGAUGAUUCAUAUCCUUCUGUACUACAAAGCAUCCACAAACAUCCAAGACACUGAGGGUAACACUCCUCUACACUUAGCCUGUGAUGAGGAGAGAGUGGAAGAAGCAAAACUGCUGGUGUCCCAGGGAGCGAGUAUUUACAUUGAGAAUAAAGAAGAAAAGACACCCCUGCAAGUGGCCAAAGGUGGUCUGGGUUUAAUACUCAAGAGAAUGGUGGAAGGUUAAGCAGCUUGGAUUUAUUCUUACUUUGUAAGUUUUGUGGUUGUCCCCAGUGUCCUGGAAACUAAUGUACUUGUGCACAAGACAUCAUCUAUGAAUGAUGAAGUUGUUUCAUCUUCAAAGUAUUAUAAACAUGUUGAAUAUUGUUCCUGUUAAGUAUUUGUUCUAAGCCUACGACUUGCUUCCCAGGCAUUGAAUAACUGUUGAGAUUGUUCUAUUGUUGUAUAUUAUUCUACAUUGAAUUGUGGUUAAUUUUGAGUAAAUGAUUCUGUGGCUGUUGUGA